GCGGAGUUUGGCUUCAACAGUGUUUCCUUCCUCUUUUGCUGUUGGCCGAUACCAUGCCGAGAAUGGAGCGAGUCCGCAGACUGUGUUGCGGGCCGGCGGGUAGUGCGACUGCGGCGCUGGAGCUGUGCGAGGAGCGGGUGGACGGGCGGGAGGAGCCGGACGGGGCCGGGCAUCGCCCGCCGGUCUUCCACAGCAUAAAGCUCUUUGUCCUUUGCCAUGGAAUGCUGCAGUGUGCCCAGCUCCUGUACAGUGCCUACUUCAAGAGCAGUAUCACCACCAUUGAGAAACAAUUUGGCAUGUCCAGCUUCUCAUCUGGAAUCCUGUCAAGUAUGCAUGAGGUUGGGAACUCUGUUUUGAUUAUUUUUGUCAGUUAUUUUGGAAGUAGAGUUCACCGCCCAAAACUGAUUGGAUUAGGCGGCCUCCUACUCAGUGCUGGAACUUUCCUGCUUACCCUGCCCCACUACAUAUUUGAGCCAUAUCAGUACAGCAAGACCAUAGUAGGAAAUACAAGCCAUUUCAACACAGACACCUGUCAACCAAUGAACCAGACACACCAGCUCGAAUUUUGUACACGUUCAGACCACAAGUUCAAGAAAAUGGGCAGUGUUUGGGGAAUAAUGGUGAUUGCUCAAUUGAUGGUGGGCAUUGGGACAGUUCCGAUUCAACCCUUUGGUAUUUCGUAUGUUGAUGACUUUGCUGAACCAUCUAAUGCUCCACUCUAUAUAGCAAUCCUGUUUGCAAUAUCUGUCUUUGGGCCUGCCUUUGGGUAUUUACUUGGGUCUGUGAUGUUACGUUUAUUUGUGGACCUGGACAGAGUGAAUCCAGCUACCAUUGACAUGAAGCCCAGUGACCCCCGGUGGAUUGGUGCCUGGUGGCUUGGAUUGCUCAUUUCCAGUGGUGUUCUUGCUGUUAUUUCUAUCCCUUAUUUCUUUUUCCCUCGACAAAUGAUCCAUCAAAAGAAGUCAAUCAGUAAAUCUGAUAUUCUGAGUGAGAUGGAAGAGCAAAAGAUGGAAAAAAUAACAAACCAAGAGUUCAUCAAGAUUUUUCCCAAAAUGCUUCUGAAGAUGCUGCUGAAUCCAUUGUUCAUCCUUGUUGUUCUUGCUGAGUGUUGCUUUUCAUCAGUGCUCGCUGGCCUUUCUACAUACCUCAAUAAAUUCCUGGAAUCCCAGUUCUCCAUCACAACGUCCACUGCAAAUUUGCUCAUCGGGUCUAUAACCCUGCCUGCUGUUGCGAUUGGGAUGCUACUGGGUGGAGUCUAUAUGAAGCAUUCCAAUUUACCCCUGGUGAAGAUCCCCUGGUACACUGGAUGUGUCCUGAUUAUUAGCGUCGUUUUGACUGUUCCUCUGUUUUUCUUGGGAUGCUCAACUCAGAAAAUUGCUGGAAUCAAUUACAAUCAGGAUGUGAACAGGUCUUCUUCAUUCGGCCUGAAGACUGACUGCAAUGCUCAUUGCUUCUGCUUUGAUUCUACUUAUCACCCAGUGUGUGGAAGUGAUGCUGUGGAAUAUAUCUCACCGUGCCAAGCAGGCUGCAGUCAUUCUGUUUUCAACUACACCACAAGAAGGAUUUUGACCUACAACAACUGUAGCUGCAUUCAGACACCUCUCAAAGAGGACUAUGCUGUUCCUGGGCACUGCAAGGUCAGCUGUUCCUAUUUGCUUCUCUCCGUGGUCUUUAGCCUCUCUUUCAUUGGGCUGACAGCCUCCCUCACCCACAAUCCCCUCUACAUGCUGGUGUUGCGGCUGGUAAGACACGAAGAAAAAUCUUUUGCAAUAGGGAUUCAGUUUCUAUUAAUGAAGGUGUUUGCAUGGCUGCCAGCUCCUGCUUUGUUUGGUGCAGUCAUUGAUUCAGCUUGUAUUAGAUGGGGAAUAAUGUGCAACGGAAAAAGAGGAGCCUGCAGUUACUACGACAAUGAUCUUUUGCGAAACCGGUACUUAGGUCUACAAGUUGGCUAUAAUAUCCUUGGUGUACUGGUUUUAUUGAUCACAGGAUGGAAAGUGAGAAAGAUCGGUGGCCAGCAGAACACGGGACCAGUGUAAAGUUGUACAGAAGAUUCAGUGGCACAUUAAUCACUUGGCCAAUUAACUGAUUUCUUUUGUUCGUACCCAUAUCAUUUCCUCCCUGAUAGAUUUGAACAGAAUCUUCAUUCAUCCAGGUAUUCAAACAGUUAAAUCUCAUCAUGCAAGGACAACAGAUGAAAGCAAUGUGAAGAACCCUUAAUAAACAACAACUAUUUUUAUUGCCUCCUUGCAAGAUAAAUGCUGAAUUUGAGAUUAGAUUUGAUUGACAAUACUGUACCAGUGUUGAGUCAAACACAGGUCUACAGUAUUAUAGACAUGUCACAUGAGGCAAGUAUCUGGCAUGAGUUUGCAGAAGUCAUUAACACAUCUCUGGCCAGCCAGUUGACAGAGACUCAACAGUCUCUCGAAGAUUGUGGAUCCUUUCUGUCUCAAGUAUGGUUCAACUUGAUAUUCCUUCUCUUUCCCCCAUCACUCUUACUUCCUCCUCUUUCUCUCCCUCUCUCUGACCAGAUCUUAAUGGUGUUUGUUUAUGUACUUUAUUUUAAGGUCACAUCAAUCAUUUAUUACAUUCUCCAUCUCAGGUGGCUAAUGAUAGUGAAACAUGCAGGUUAAGAAGUUGACAUCAAGUUUAAGAAAUAAUCUCCAGGACCAUUUUCUUAAUUUCCCAAACCGUCAACUCAACAAGCCAACCUUUUCCAAACUCUUACAUGGUUCAGCUCUUGCCUCACAAAAUCCUGUCCUUGACUAAUCACACAUGGAUUUCUCACUGACAAGAACAAAAAAUGAAGGGUCUUAUCCUGCAAGGAAUUACUUUUCCUUCUUUCAAAUUCCAAAUGUUUGAACCGAUUUUGUUCUGUUCAUUGUGCAAGGAAGUAAUCUGUGGGCAUAUAUUAAUCCUGCUAAUACUAAUGUGUAUAUGUUUUAAUUAUCUAUUUCAAUGAAUAUAAUAAAUUGGUAAAUUGGUUUAUUAUCGUC